GAGCCUCGGUGACCCCGGGCGAGGCUCCGUGAUCCCAGCGCGGCUCGGGACCAUGGCCAGGGCCGGCAUGGAGCGGUGGCGCGACCGGCUGGCACUGGUGACAGGAGCUUCGGGGGGCAUCGGCGCGGCCGUAGCCCGGGCACUAGUCCAGCAGGGACUGAAGGUGGUGGGUUGUGCCCGCACCGUUGGCAGCAUCGAGGAGCUGGCUGCUGAAUGUAAGAGUGCAGGCUACCCCGGGACUUUGAUCCCCUACAGAUGUGACCUGUCAAAUGAGGAGGACAUCCUCUCCAUGUUUUCUGCUGUUCGCUCUCAGCACGGCGGUGUGGACAUCUGCAUCAACAACGCUGGCUUGGCCCGGCCUGACACCCUGCUGUCAGGCAAUACCAGUGGUUGGAGAGAAAUGUUUAAUGUGAAUGUGCUGGCCCUCAGCAUCUGCACACGAGAAGCCUAUCAGUCCAUGAAGGAGCGGAAUGUGGAUGACGGGCACAUCAUUAACAUCAACAGCAUGUGUGGUCACCGAGUCCCACCCCAGUCUGUGAUCCAUUUCUACACUGCGACCAAGUACGCUGUCACUGCGCUGACAGAAGGACUGAGGCAAGAACUUCUAGAGGCCCAGACUCAUAUCCGGGCCACGUGCAUCUCUCCAGGCUUGGUGGAGACACAGUUUGCCUUCAAACUCCACGACAAGGACCCUGAGAAAGCAGCUGCCACCUAUGAACACAUAAAGUGUCUCCAACCCGAGGAUGUGGCUGAGGCUGUCGUCUACGUCCUCAGCACACCCCCACACGUCCAGGUUGGAGACAUUCAGAUGAGACCCACAGAGCAGGUGACCUAGUGUCCUGUGGGGAGCUCCUCCUUCCUUUCCCACCCUCCAUGGCUUGCCUUCUGACUCUGGAUUUUAGGUGUUGGCUUCUGGACCCUAGAUCUUACUUUCCACCCCACUAAGGAAUAGAAAAAUUGUCAAAUUAUUCCCAUGGCAAAUGUGAAAAAUGGGCAAGAGAGGGAAGGCAGGGUCGCUGAUUGUUUCCCGUUAACUUGUUCGAAGCCCCUUCUUGAGCUCCUUGGCCUUUGUCCUCAGUCUCUUCCCUUUACCUGGGAAAGGGGAUAUAGCUAAAAGGGCACAUCUCCAUCCUCUUUCACCUUGCCCUCUGCCCCUCUGAGUUGGGGUAGCAGAGAUGGGCCCUCACCUUCUAUCUGCAUGGUCACCCAGGGCUCCAGGCUCCCCUUAGCCCCUUUCUUCUUAUCCCUCCCAUCUCUCUUGCCCAAUCUUGGCUUUUUGCCCUUUUGGGGGGGGGUGUCAUCACUGCACUGUGAUAUGGGGACAGAAUACCAGUCUGGAUCCCAGUAGAUUUCAUUGUGAUAAUUAAAAAGGGGAAGAAAAAAAAAGAUUGAACAAACCUA